GCUGCCCAAAAGAGGGGAGUCAGAAGCCUCUCCCCGCUGGACCCAGAGGUUCUGUCUGUUUUUGUGCCUCCUUUUAUCAGUAAAGAAGACAGCCAGGGGGCUGUUGGGAACUGUGCGACCCUAGGGAAAGGCAGGAGGCGCUCCUUCAGGAAGAAGAGAGAGAAGCCCAAGACAGAGGCCUGGAAGAGCCCCCCGGGGGACUGCAAAGGGCCUGACUCUGAGGACAUCAGCAUCCCAGGUGGUGUGGACCUCGUUGCUCUGCCCCAGCUGUGCUUUCCAGGAUGAUUGCUGUUUCUACAAUGGCACAGCUCACUGGGAGCCAUCCUGGCCGAGUUUGGUGGGUGCUGCUGGCUGUUUCGUGCCCUUUGCAGUGUGUGUGGUCUCCAGGUUCCCCUACUACAACUCUCUCAAGGACUGCCUCUCUUGUUUAUUGACUCAUCUGAAGCUCUGUAAAGACUUUGAAGUGGACAAUCACAUAAAAGAUUUUGCUGCGAGACUAUCAUUAAUACCUAGUCCCCCGCCUGGACCACUCCAUUUGAUGUUUAAUAUGAAGCCACUGCACGUCGUGUUUCCCUCCCGAGCAGACCCUGACAGCCCUGUCAUCGACCUGGACCUUCACUUGCCCUUGCUGUGCUUCCAGCCUGAGAAGGUGCUGCAGGAAGCCGAUGGUUUAAUUCUCAUAGAUAUUGAUCAUGGUAGCAUCACCUGUUCUAAGUUCUCAGACAGUGGCGUGGACGUUCCUGACAUCCCUUUCCUGGUGGCACAGACGUUUAUUCAGAGGGUCCAGAGCCUCCAGCUCUAUCCUGAGCUACACCUUGCUCACCUGAGCUCCAGCACAGAUCUGAAUGAGGGCCGCGCCCGCCAACGAGCCUGGCAGCAGACACUCAACUCCUGCAUCCAGCACAUCACCCUACAGCUGCUUGUGGGCAUCUUCAGGGAGGUGAAAAAUCACCUGAAUUAUGAACACAGAGUGUUUAACAGUGAGGAAUUUCUCAAAACAAGAGCCAUGGGGGAGCAGCAGUUCUACAAGCAGGUUUUGGACACCUACAUGUUCCACUCUUUCCUGAAAGCCCGGCUCAGCCGCAGGAUGGACGCCUAUGCACAGAUGGACCUGGACACCCAGUCAGAGGAGGACAGAAUCAGUGGGAUGCUUGUAAGCCCUAGAAGGCCAACGGUGGAGAAGAUGGCUUCAAGGAAGUCCUCGCCUCUGAACAUCACCCACAGGCGCAUGGUGGUCAGUAUGCCCAGCCUGCAGGACAUCACCCUGCCCGAGCUGCCAGCCAGGAACUUCUCGCUUCGCAUCAUGGACACCACAGGAUGCAGGAACAGCAGCCCAGUUCUGAAUGUGGCCCCUAAGUCCACCUAUAUGUUCAAGAUUCCUGAAAUCCACUUCCCGCUGAUGAGCCAGUGCAUACAGACAUACCAUGCCAACUUUGUCACCUUGCUGAGCAAGGCCAUGAACCUCUUGGGUCCUGACAACUCCCUGCUCCUGGCCAGGUACUUCUACCUGCGUGGCCUUGUCCACCUGAUGCAGGGGCAGCUGCUGAGUGCCCUCUCAGAUUUCCAGAACCUCUACAAGACAGACAUCCGGAUUUUUCCUACUGACCUUGUCAAGGGCACUGUGGAAUCUAUGUCGGCCUCUGAGCGCAGCCAGGCUGAGAAGACACCUGAGCUGAGGAGACUCAUCGCUGAGGUCCUGGACAAGCCGGGUGAGGCCACCAAGGCAGACGAUGCUGUGAAGCACUUUGAGCUGCCCAAGAAGCACAUGCAGCUGGAAGACUUCGUGAAGAGGGUCCAGGAAUCAGGGAUCGUGAAGGACACCAACAUCAUACACCGGCUGUUCGAUGCGCUGACUGUAGGACAGCAGAAGCUGAUCGACCCAGAAACAUUCAGAGAUUUCUACAACUGCUGGAAGGAGACAGAAGCCCAGGCCCAGGAGGUCAGUCUGCCGUCCCUGGUGGUGGAGCAUCUGGAUAAAAAUGAAUGUGUCUACAAACUGUCAAGCUCUGUCAAGACCAACCGUGGUGUCGGGAAGAUCGCCCUGACCCAGAAGCGCCUGUUCCUGCUGACUGAGGGGAGGCCAGGCUAUGUGGAGAUCUCUACCUUUAGGAACAUAGAGGAAGUCAGAAGCACCACGGUUGCUUUUCUCCUCCUGAGAAUACCCACCUUGAAGAUAAAAAUGAUGUCCAAGAAGGAUGUCUUCGAGGCUAACCUGAAAUCCGAGUGUGACCUCUGGCACCUGAUGGUGAAAGAGAUGUGGGCUGGGAAGAAGCUGGCCGAUGACCACAAGGACCCGCAGUACGUCCAGCAGGCGCUAACCAAUGUCUUACUGAUGGACGCUGUGGUGGGCACACUGCAGUCCCCAGGGGCCAUCUAUGCUGCUUCCAAGUUGUCUUACUUUGAUAAGAUGAAGAAUGAAAUGCCCAUGGCUGUCCCCAAGACGACUGCAGAGACGCUGAAACACAAAAUCAACCCUUCAGCGGGGGAGACUGGCCCACAAGCCAUUGAUGUCUUGUUGUACACACCAGGAUACCUCGACCCUGCAGAGAAAGUGGAAGAUGCUCACCCCAAGUUAUGGUGCGCCCUGAGCGAAGGCAGAGUAAUUGUGUUUGACGCCUCCUCUUGGACCAUCCAUCAGCACUGCUUUAAAGUGGGCACCUCCAAGGUGAACUGCAUGGUGAUGGCGGAGCAGAGCCAGGUGUGGGUCGGCUCGGACGACUCCAUCAUCUACAUCAUCAAUGUCCACAGCAUGUCCUGCAACAAGCAGCUCACGGACCACCGCACUGGUGUCACAGGGCUGAUCGUGCAAGAUGGGAAGAAGCCCAGUGAGGUCUACUCCUGCAGCCUGGAUGGGACAGUCCUGGCAUGGGACGUCAGCACCCUGCAGGUGACCUGCUGCUUCCAGGUGCCCUACGGCGGCCUCACGUCCAUCAGCCUGCACAGCAGCAACCUGUGGUGCUGCACAGGCAGCAACAUUGUGGUCAUGACGACGCACGGCUCCCUGUGCAAAGAGCUGAGGACAGACGAGGACCUUAAGGAGGCACAGUCCUCCUUCCUGGGCCUGCAGCUCCUUCCUGAGCAGGGGCAGCUGUGGACCGCCUGUGCGGGGCGUGGUGAGGUGUGCAUCUGGAGCUUGGAGGACCUGGCCCAGGCCCCGCAGCGGAUUCACCUGCAGGACUGCUCUGAGGUCAGCUGCAUGAUCCGUGUGAAGAGGCAGAUCUGGGUGGGCGGCAAGGGGCCAUCCCAGGGAAGACUCAAAGGGAAGAUCUAUGUGAUUGAUGUGGAGAGGAAGACGGUGGAGAAGGAGCUGGUGGCGCAUGCAGACACCGUGAGGACCCUAUGCUCUGCCGAGGACCGAUACGUGCUGAGUGGGUCAGGCAGGGAAGAGGGCAAGAUUGCUAUCUGGAAAGUGGAGUGAUGGUGCGCAGAUGUGCAGGAGGUAGCCUGCUCUGCUUGCUCCGCAGGCCUCUCUGGAGCUGUCCCCGCAGCAGAAGCCCUGAAGGCUGGGCAAGCAAGGGCCGAGCCACUUGGUCAUUUGGGGAGAUGUCUGGGCCUGUGUGGAAUGUGUCUCCUGUGGGCCCUUGACAAGACCUUCCAGCCCGCAAGCAGCUCAAGCCAGGUGCUCCUCAGGUUGUUGGCUAUGGCUCAGUUGGAUAAUAGCUACCUCUGCUGGGCAGCUACCAUGUGUGCUGUCUGCAAAGUUCCAAACGCUACCACCAGGGUUCAGCCCUGGGUUGACCCGUUUAGCUGAGUCACACGUGACCUGGAGGCCCUGGCGUCUGUCUGGUUUUGCGUCUCUUGUGCUUCAGUCAUUCAUACUUAGGUGUCACCAGGGUGACAGUGGCUGGGCAUGAUGGUGAGCCAAGGCACCCUACAGUCUUCUAGUGACUUCUAAUUUCUGGCCAGUCUUCUGGGCAUUUAACAG